AUGGAGGGUACGCCCGCAGCCAACUGGAGCACCGAGCCGGAGCUCGGGAGCGGCGCGCCACCGGGGACGGAGGGAAACGGCACGGCCGGGCCGCCGCGGCGCAACGAGGCCCUGGCGCGGGUGGAGGUGGCGGUGCUGUGCCUCAUUCUGUUCCUGGCCCUGAGCGGCAACACGUGCGUGCUGCUGGCGCUGCGCACCACGCGCCACAAGCGCUCCCGCCUCUUCUUUUUCAUGAAGCACCUGAGCAUCGCCGACCUGGUGGUGGCGGUGUUCCAGGUGCUCCCGCAGCUGCUGUGGGACAUCACCUUCCGCUUCUACGGGCCGGACCUGCUGUGCCGCCUGGUCAAGUACUUGCAGGUGGUGGGCAUGUUCGCGUCCACCUACCUGCUGCUGCUCAUGUCGCUCGACCGCUGCCUGGCCAUCUGCCAGCCGCUGCGCUCGCUGCGCCGCCGGACUGACCGCCUGGCGGUGCUGGCGACGUGGCUCGGCUGCCUGGUGGCCAGCGCGCCGCAGGUGCACAUCUUCUCGCUGCGCGAGGUGGCCGACGGCGUCUUUGACUGCUGGGCGGUCUUCAUCCAGCCCUGGGGGCCUAAGGCCUACGUCACGUGGAUCACGCUUGCCGUCUACAUUGUGCCGGUCAUCGUGCUGGCCGCCUGCUACGGCCUCAUCAGCUACAAGAUCUGGCAGAACUUGCGACUCAAGACGGCAGCGGCGGCGGCCGAGGGGAAUGACGCCGCCGCUGGUGGGGCUGGGCGUGCAGCCUUGGCGCGGGUCAGCAGCGUCAAGCUCAUCUCCAAGGCCAAGAUCCGCACGGUGAAGAUGACCUUCAUCAUCGUACUGGCCUUCAUCGUGUGCUGGACGCCUUUCUUCUUCGUGCAGAUGUGGAGCGUCUGGGACGUGAACGCACCUAAGGAAGCUUCUGCCUUCAUCAUCGCCAUGCUCUUGGCCAGCCUCAACAGCUGCUGCAAUCCCUGGAUCUACAUGCUCUUCACAGGCCACCUCUUCCACGAACUUGUGCAGCGCUUCCUCUGCUGCUCUGCCAGUUCCCUGAAGGGCAGCCGGCCUGGAGAGACAAGCGUCAGCAAGAAAAGCAACUCAUCCACCUUUGUCCUGAGCCACCGCAGCUCCAGCCAGAGGAGCUGUUCUCAGCCAUCAUCAGCAUGAGCCACAGGCCUGGCCUAGCCUCUGGGUUGUGCGGACUCUGGUCUUCCCCCCUGGUGGCCGUGCAUAGAGCUGUAUAAGGUGCCUAUUGGUGUGUGACCCUCCUCUUUUUGGGAUGGCUAGAGUGUGACUUGACGUGGGAAAAUGUCUCUGUGGGAAAUGAUAGGGCCACGCAGCCAUCAGAGGGUCACCUGGACUCCCACCACCUACCUUCCUUCCUUCCUUCCUUUCUUUCUUUCUUUCUUUCUUUCUUUCUUUCUUUCUUUCUUUCUCCUUCCUUCCUUCCUUCCUUCCUUCCUU